AACACAACACAACAGAUUUGAAUGUUGAAAAGGUGAAGCAUCUGUUUCUCAAAUCUGUCUCCCUCUCCGGCGAAGCAUUCCCUUCCGAUCUCUCACCUCCGGUGAAUGAGAGAUGGAAGCGAUUAGAAAGCAAGCCACCAAGCUCAGAGAGCAAGUCGCUAAGCAGCAGCAGGCUGUUCUCAAGCAGUUUGCUGGUGGACUUGGAGGUUCAGAUAAUAUCAUAUCUGAUGAAGUUGAAUUUAAUCAGCAUCAAAAACUUGAGAAACUGUAUAUGUCAACCCGUGCUGGAAAGCACUUCCAAAGGGAUAUUGUGCGUGGUGUGGAAGGUUAUAUUGUUACUGGAUCCAAGCAAGUUGAAAUAGGUACUAAGUUGUCUGAGGACAGCAGAAAAUAUGGUGCUGAAAACACUUGCACCACUGGUAGUGUGCUAUCCAAAAUUGCGUUGAAUUUUAGCAGAUCUCGUGGUAAAAUGGAAAAAGAACAUGGAGAUCUACUGAAAGCCCUUGGCACGCAGGUUGCUGAGCCUUUAAGGGCAAUGGUAAUGGGAGCUCCAUUGGAGGAUGCUCGACAUCUUGCUCAACGAUAUGAUAGAGUAAGACAGGAAGCUGAAGCUCAGGUUAUUGAAGUUUCAAGGCGCCAAGCUAAAGUGAGGGAGUACAAUGGCAAUUCUGAUAAUGUUUUGAAGAUGGAAGCUGCUGAAGCAAAGCUUCAUGAACUGAAGUCAAACAUGGUCACACUUGGUAAAGAAGCUGCUGCGGCAAUGGCUGCUGUGGAGGCUCAGCAACAGAGAUUGACACUCCAGCGACUUAUAGCCAUGGUUGAGGCAGAGCGCAAUUAUCAUCAGAGAGUUCUACAUAUACUCGAUCAGCUUGAGGGUGAGCAACAGAUGUUGUCAGAGCGUCAAAGAAUUGAAGCUUCUUCUACUCCAGCCGCCACAGCGAGAAUGCCUCCUCCAUCCUAUGACGAAGUCAAUGGCGUAUUUGCUUCACAGACAUAUGAUGGUUCAACCGAUGGGAUGGGUUAUUUCUUAGGAGAGGUCAUUCAUUCAUAUAAAGCCGAGUCCGAUGUGGAGUUGACUUUGACAGUUGGUGACUAUAUUGUUGUCCGGAAGGUGAUGAACAAUGGCUGGGCUGAAGGCGAAUGCAAGGGGAAAGCAGGCUGGUUCCCCUUCGGAUACGUAGAAAGACGAGACCGAGUUCUAGCCAGCAAGGUUGCCGAAGUGUUUUAAGUAUACUGUUCUUUCCUGGCAUGGUAAAUGUAUGAUUCUGCAUUUAGGUCUACUGCAAGUUGUGCAUUCAAAGUUUUGGCUCUUGACCUGCCUUGGUUUAAGUUUGAUGCUUGUUUGUGCACGCAUAUAAUGUUCAUAUGUUUAUGAACAAAGAUUUAUGUUCUUAUAAUAGAGAUAAUCAGACGAGGAAAGACUGUUUUAUUGUC